GGAUCGUGAGCAUCGCAGAGGGGACUGAAGGGCGAGCCAGGACUCCUGUAUUCCCGGAGCUCCGGAGAUCCCUGCUGCAAAGGCAGGGGUGCUAUUUUGGGGGCAACAGCUGCUGUAGUUCCGGCAUCUCCAGCCAAGAGAUCAAAAUUCCCCGGGUCGGAACUACCCCUCCGGGCGUUCACCCAUCACCCAGCCAGCCUUAGUCGCCUGGAUCUGGGGAUAGUGGCGUUGUGGAGAUUAAUCAGGAAACCCGAGUGGGGCUAAUUAUAACUCGGGGCUUCCGCUGAGCCUCCCUUUAGAAAAAAAAAAAAGAAAAAGAAAAAGAAAGAAAAUAGAGGCGGAAUCUCCGCAGGAGGGGGUCCUGGAGCUGGCAAGGGGCUCAGCUGGGUAGGGACGUUGGGGUCGCGGCCCUCGGGAUGGGGGGUGGUGCAGUCGGGAUGUCAGUAACCUGCGCAGUUUGGGCUCCGCCCCAAACAGGGGGCGUCUUCCAAUGUCCCCAGACUUGGAGGAGAGUGGGGAAUGGGCCUUCAGGGGGUCCCUGCAGGAAGAGAACGCAGAGGCAGCGGCCGGCCCAGAGAGCAUCAUCAGAGGAAUGCCAUCCACGGCCACAGCCACCUCUAGCUCACACCCGCCUGGUGUGGAAGCAGCCCACACUGCUCUUGACAGUCCUCUGCGUGCUGGAGGUGUACCUCAGUGGCUUCUCAGUCCCCAGCAGCCCCCUUAUCCAGCUGCUGACAGCGGGGAGCACACACCCAGGACUGCCCACAUACCCAGUGGCUUUAAGUCCAUUUAUGAGUCACUGCUCAGAUCCCCAAUCAGUCCUGACACCGUGACAGCCCCGAUGUCCAAGCUUGUCAUCAAGGUGGAGACCAGUCCUCCCACUCUCUUGGCCUACAUGCCCACCACCGAGUGCAUCCCCACCUCUGGCUUCAUCAUCACCACCACCCACCCCACCACCACCUGUGCAACCAUGACCUCUGUGCCCCUCACCAAGUCUUAUACCACCACUCCCAAGAUUGACAAGCCGGUGACAACAAUGACAUCUGUGACCUCUGUUAGGAAAGUGACCUCAUCCACGACCUCUGCUUCCACUGUUACCAAUGUGGGGGACCCAACCCCAGAAAUGUCCCCACCUUCUUCCUCUGGCUCAACCAUACACGCAACCCAAGAUACUCUGACCUCUUCUAUCACAGAAACCACAGAGACGAUCACCAUGACCCUGACAGGUGUGCGUACAACACUGUCCCUCACUCCGGGAGUUACUUAUCUGUCUGCUACGGGUCCUUCUCUGAUUCCUACAAAAACCUCCUUAACAACAGUAACUGAUAACAUUGCCCCACCCAGCGCCAGUGCCUUGACCACCACAGGCAUUAUUACCCAACCAUUUCCUACUGCAAGCAAUUCUCUCGAAACAGAAACUUCCUCCACCCAUUCCCCGGGCUCGGCCAAUACAUCAACACCUUUUGCUUCUGUUGCUAUGGAAACAACCACUCCUGUGGGUGAGCCGUCCUCGGGGAGGACAAUAACGAGCUCUGGGGAAAUCACACGUAAACCUAUGAGUGACACUCCGAGAGAAACUGUCAGCACAGCAUCUUUACACCCAACCAUGUCACCCACCGGCAAGGGGAUGAUUUCGACAUCUGACAUGGCUUCCUCAAUGGCCACCAGAAUUGUAACGUCACUACCAAGUACGGUUCUGCCUUCUAAACCUUCUGAUAUGGACUCCACCUUUAGAACGCCCGCACCUGGGAUGAUCUCAAUGUCCACUCCCUCAGGUCUUGGGAUGACUUCCCAAAGCACACACACACCAUCCGUACAUGGUCCAGAGAUCUCUACCACAACAUCAGCAGCUUCCAGCCACAUGCCUGCAGGCACAACAGGUUCUAGUAUGUCAGCACCAAGUGUGACACUCAUGUCUGAAACCCUGUCACCUAGUAAAGGCAUCCACACCUUUAGGAGCACAAGUCUUACCACGUCAUCUAUGGGUGACACUGUUCCAUGGGGCACCGUGACAGACGCCACCUCAACCCAUAAAGCUUCUAGUAUGUCAGCAACACACACCAGUAUCAUCGAGUCAUACCCCACCACGAAGAACAGUGAUGCACUUACGAACAAAUCUUAUCCCACUACUUCCAGUAUGGUGACUACCCUUCCAAAUACUGAAGGUACUGGAAAUACCACAGGUGCCCUAGAGACAAGUAUUCCAAUCACGUCUCCAUUCUCUUCCUCCAUCUUCACCAGCAGUGCUGGGUCCGCACAGACGGACAGUGUGUCAUCAGCUCCAACCAUCACCCAUACACUCCACAGGACAGAAGACUCUGCCCCAACACCCACAGCCCCCACAUCUACAGAGCCACCUCCUCCUCCAUCAGCAGUGACUGCCGAAGGCCAGCCCCCCUCCCCCGCCUCUGCUGCCACAUUUACUGGAGACACCACACUGAAUCCCACCACAGACCUUCCUACAGAUUCUCUCCUGACGGAAAUCACCACAACUCCACCGAUCACUUCUUCGGGUGCUCCCACGGAUGCGUGGCUUUCUGGGAUAUCCAGCAUCUCCCCUCCCAUGAGCACCACCGUGUUCACAUCACCCACAAGUAGGAUUCUUUCCUCUACAUCUGCCCCAAGCACGCAGUCUGUCACCACCGGCAUGACACACACCACCCCUUUAUCUACCAUAAGGACCGCACUUCCGGCUACCGAUGCCACAUCUCCAGCGGUGUCUGCAGUCAACUCUCCCAGCCUUCCAAGUACCGCUGUUGGAGACUCCACAUCAGAUAUCACCUCUCCUACAGCUACCACACAUGCUCUGAUGCCUGACCCCUCUGUCAUGCCCACCUGGACCUCUUGGCCCACCUCAGAAACAGCCAGAACUGCUACCACACACUUGGUCCCCACAGCUCCCCUGGCAUCUUCUCCCAGCAGCCCUAGCCCCACAACCUCAGACGCUUACUCCACUCAGAGAGCAUCUGCAGCCUCCUCACAUCCCAACACCCCUGGUGCUGUGGAGACACUCCUGUCUACAACACUGUCUUCUGGUACAGGCAGCGCCACGGUUGCAGCCACGGCUCUCCAUUCCUCAUCUACAGGCUACAGUGGUUCCUCUGCUAUGGCACUCACCACCUCCACCCCUGCAGAUUCCAGUACGUCCACAAUGCACACCACUAUGACCCCAUCUCCCCUUUUCGUCAAUAACACAGAAGUAACAAGGCCAAUGAGAACACCCCAUACUACCACCCCACCUGUAGCAGCUACUUCUAUAAACACUGGAAACACCCCAACACCGUCUCUUGCUGCCAACGCUCCUGCCACAUCUACAUUCCUCACCUCGGUGGCCGAUGUCAGUUCUGGGAACACCAGAAGUACACCUUCCACUCCCAGCAUCCCUCAGACUCUCCACAUGACAGCCGAGUCCACCCCAACACCCACCAGCAGCACCACAUCUACAGAAACACCGUUAACUACUGCCACCCUGGUUCCUACCACAGACCUUCCUACGGAUACUCUCAGCACAGAUAUCACAGCCACUUCCCAGAUCACGUCGGCGGUCACACCCUCAGAUCCACUGACUUUCGGGACAGCAAGCGUCUACCCACCGGCGAGCACCCAUGUGCUGACUUCACCCACCACUACUGCUGUCUCCUCUGUGUCUGUCUCAAGCUCGCAGCCAAUCGCCACUGACGUCACACACACAGCUCCUUUAGCCAGCUUGGAGACCGCAUCCCCAACUACCAAAGUCUUGUCUACAGGCACCUCUCAGGUCGCCUCCUUCAGUUCUUCCACCAAUGCCGUGACAUUGUUGACAUCAGGGAGCUCCUCUACUUCCUCCAUCACAGACGCACUAGCCCCGGCCAUGUCUGUCCUUUCCACCUGGCCUUCAUUACCCACCUCAGAAGCAGUCAGGACUUCUUCCACACCCUUAGUCACCAUGGCUGCCCAGACCUCAUCUCUUGUCGCUCACAGCUCCACAGCCUCCAACAUCUACUCCACAGAUAGGAUCUCCACAACGCCGACCACGUCUGGUGUGACAGACACAGUUACACCCACAGCCCUGGCUUCACCCACUAUGGACGUCUCUACCACAUCAGUUUCAGCUCUCAACACCUCUCCUACGAGCAACACUGUCCCAGUGGUCACAACAGACAUCACUGCAACCCAUGAAGGUGGUUCUACAUCACUACCCCACUCCACUCUCAUCCCAUCUUUCUCCAGCCCGAAGAGCCCAGAAACAAUGACAUCUGUCCCAAUGAGUCAUGUCACAUCCAGCAGGACAGCUACACUCCCAAUCACCGGUAACAACACAAGUCCCUUUGCCACAAGCCUUCCAGUCACAUCAGCUUCUUCCUCAUCCACCUCUGCCAGCAAGACUGGGACCAUCCAGACAGCUGGUGAGCCCUCAGCUCCAGCCUUCCCCCAUUCUCCCCACACAACAGUUGAAUCCGCCCCAACACCCAUGACCACCAACCCAUUCACAACAACCACGUCCACAGAGCCACCCUCUACUACUGCAUCAGGGACUAGAACCUUCUUCAGCACCGUUGUGACGUCCACUGGAGAAGCCACAAUGACUUCCAUCACAGACCUUUCCACACCAUCUCCGAUGUCAGAAAUGACAACCACAGCCUCCAUCAGCUCUUCAUUUACCCCCUUAGAUACCUUGACUUCUGGGAGACUCACGACCUCUCCUUCACGGACCACCUAUGCGUUGCCUUCAGACACAAGUAGGCUCCUGUCCUCAGCAUUUGUUCCAAGCACACAGCCUGUCACUACUGGCAGCGUGGACACUCCCCCAUCAUCUACUUUGGUGACAACACUCCCAACUGCCGAUGCUGCACCUCUAACCUCAUCUCUAGUCUCUUUCCCCAGCUCUCCAACUAGGUCCGUUACAGAGUCCAUGCUCGAUUUCACAUCUCUGGCCUUCACCACACACACAUCUUCCGCUGACACCUCCUCAACCACCAGGUCCUCUCAGCUCACUUCUGAAACAGACAAGACAGCUGCCACACACACGGCCACCUUGGCUACUCUGACCCGCUCCCUCAGACCUCCCAUCAUCACAGCUUCAGAGAGCUACUGGACCGACAGGACAUCUGCCACCUCCUUACGUCCCGAACUCACAUCCACAGUCUCCUCCUCACCUAGCACACACCGCCACACCAUCACAGCCACAGCUCUCACCCCCUCCUCACCCAUGGGAAACACUGAGCACACCGUGGCGGGAGGUGCCUAUACCCACACCGUCUCCAGCGCUUCACCAACCCACACCGCUUUCAGCCCUCUUUCCUCCAUCACCCAGAACACAGAAACGCCGCGUGUCAGCACACACCACGCCAUUACCACCAUCAGGACCGCUAACCCCUCAAGUGCAGGAAACCCCGCCAGUCCACUUGCCACGAGGAUUCCAGCUACAUCAGCACCCUCCUUUUCCGUCUCUGCCAGCAGUGUGGGCACCACACAGAUGGGCAGUGUGCCGUCAGCCACAGUCACCGACCCCACACUCCACACAAGGGCUGAGUCCACCCCAACGCUCACUACCGCCACCACACUCACAGCCCCCACAUCUACAGAGCCACCCCCUCCUACUUCUGCCGUGACUGGAGCAGGUCAGCUCCCCUCCCCCACCCCCGCUGCCACAUCCACUGGAGAAAGCACAGUGAAUCCUGCCACAGGCCUUCUGACAGAAUCGCUCAUGACAGACAUGACCGUGACUUCCCCAACCACGUCUUCGGUCACUGCCAGGAAGAGAUCCAGAGUCAGAGAUGAGGAGGAGAGACUUGUAACUGCAAUGGUAGGGAAAGAGGAGGUCAUGGAUGUCAGUGUCUCCAGGUUAGCAGAAGUUGUAGGAUGUGAGAAGAUGGUAGCUGUAGAUAUACUGCCAGUGGAGUGCGUGUUUGAGUUGGAAGAAGUCGGAGGGGUUCUAGAGGGAGUCGGGGUGACUGUGGUGAUCAAGUCUGCGUUGGUGGUCACAGCUGUGUCCAAGAUGGGUGAAGAUGGCCGGGUCAUCGGCUGCCAAACCACAGGCCAGGCCAUUUCCUCUACACCUGCAGAUGUCUUCAGUAGCCUCUUAGCACCCCAAAGGCAGAAGGAGGCCCUAACACAGAUUUCCAGCCCUUUCACAGACCCUUCCCCUGGAAAGGGCAGCCAAACAUCUACAGCUCUACCCCCAAACCCCGGUACACCUGGCUGGUGUCACUCACCCGGAGCUGCUGAGGAGGUGGCGGAGGUGGGCGUCCAGAGCUGGAGAACCAGCAACAGGAUCCAGGUCACCAGCAUCUCCCAGGGAGAGGGCCCUGGCUGUAAGAGCUUCCCUCCUCAAGAGGUCCAAGAAGUGAGGGCACCAGCACCAAAGGAGCUCUUAUAA